CAAUUCAUGUUCAAUCUCACACAUAUUAAAAAUAAGGACAAUAGAAUGCGCUUGAUAUCUCAAUAUGUUUAUUAGUAAAAAUAUGUAUAGUUACUUUAUCUAUUCGUAGCACAUUGAAAUAGAGCCAACAUGGCGGCCAUGCGACGACACUGGAUGUUGCUGAUGGCGACAGCGGCCCUCGCGUUCUUUCUUGUCAUGUUGUCUUCUACGUCGCUCUCCUCGCACGCUGCCGUCACGGUGCUAGGGGGGCAGAGUGACACGCAAGACGAGAUAGCAUGGCGCAUGCGUGGCCCCCUCAUGGCCGACGACCCGCGCCUCAUAGAAUACAUCAAGCAUCACCUGCUCCUACCGCCCUCACGCCUGCCCUACAACCUAACCAUCGCCUCCAGUCGCCGAAAUGUCUACCUCUCCGCCAUCUUCAUCGCCAGCAUCGUCAGACAGUUGUUCAGUGUCUACUUCUCCGCCAUCUUCAUCGCCAGCAUCGUCAGACAGUUGUUCAGGGGGAAGAAGGGGUUCUUCGUGGAGGCGGGGGCGCUGGACGGAGAGUACAUGUCGCACACGCUCAACCUGGAGCUUCAGCUGGGCUGGCAGGGGCUGCUCGUCGAGCCUGACCCCAACAACUUCAGCAGGGGUCACUUCAACAACUUCAGCAACAAACUCAGAUCAAAACAAAGGAAGGCUUGGACGAGCGCCAUCUGCCUCUCCGUCACCCCAUACGCUGAGGAGAUGCUCCUCUGGCGCGCCGUGGAGGGUCAUGGAACCCCAAGCCUCAUACAGGGCACUGGCAGGCUCUUUUCGAGAUAUGAGCUAGCCACGGAGUCCGAGCUUUACAACGCUGUACUCUCAUCGUCGCAGUGCGUGCCAGUUUCUUCACUACUUCUGGCAUUAAACAUCACUCACGUCGAUUUCUUCGUCCUAGAUGUGGAGCAAGUCGAAGAGAAAAUAUUAUUCUACUUUCCAUUUGAGAAAAUAAGCGUGGAUGUUUGGGCUGUAGAACACGUGACCGGCUACGAAGACCAGAGUUUCAUUCGUUUCAUGGUCAGCAAAGGCUACUACUAUUUCGACGCGCUGUGUGCCGAGGUGCCAGACUUUAUUUUCGUCAGAAAGGAGAGUGAAAUUUUCGAGGCUUUACAAGUGCCAAUGGAGCCAACGAACAGAUCAGCCAUCUGCCACUUCAAGAAGGCCAGAACAAGAACCAACUACUCUCUCGCAGUCGAAGACUUGCGUGACUUGCAUCACUAUCCUCAGUUGAUUUAUAGAGAUGUUCCUGAGGUCAAUCCCGUGCCGUUGGUUGGAGAUUACUUAUCAUGGAGUCCAGAAACUGAAAAUUCGAAUUCAAUUAGAAAAUAUAUCGUGCUGCAAUGA